AUGCCCACCACGAGUGCACAUGCUAGCAAUCCAACCCAAGCACUAAAUUCAAGCGCCUUACAAGAUAUCACCAUCAUCCACUCUCGAAGAUUGGACACGAUCAUAGACAGCAUCACAGGUGACCCAAGUAAUAUAUCAACUUGGCUCAGAGAUCUUCAGGGAGAUGGUAAAUGGCCCGACUCUGAUGUCGACUAUACAGCUGGCUGUGAUGGUCGAAAAGCAAGCUGGCCAGCUGCAGAUCAUUGGGUUCGCAUAAGCACGAUGGCUGCUGCUUGGCAUGGGGGACUCCAAGGCUACGAUCAAUACGUUAACAGUUCGACGAUAUUCACUGCCAUAGGCAAUGCCAUGAACUACUGGUUCAAUAACGACUUUACGAACGUCGGCUGUCUCGUUGAAGGAGGCACCGACAGCUGUCCUUGCGGCACACCUGGUUUCUGGAACACGAACUGGUAUGCCAACGUCAUCUUCAUCCCCAGUCUCGUUGCAGAGUCAUGUCUGCUCCUCAACGACACCCUGACACAUACACAAUUAAGCAACUGCAGUAAUAUCUCCCUACGUGCGUAUGGCGUGUUCGAUCAUGGAUACAGCUUUGAGGCUGGAGCAAACAUCCUGGACAUAGCCAAAACCGGUCUAGAUCAAAGUCUUCUUGUGUCCAAUGUCUCUUUGCUCUCGGACGCGUACAGGAGAGUCCAUGACACUAUCGUCAUACAGGAAAAUAUUAGCAUAGCAGCUGAUGGGAUCCAGUUGGACGGCUCCUUCGGUCAGCACCUCGGGUUGCUUUAUAAUGGAAACUACGGGAAGGACUUCUCUAAUGGUGUCCUCGUUUUCGAGACCGCAGCAGCCGGAACUUCAUUCGCAGCUGACAUUAAGGCAAGAGCUGCUCUCGAGACAUUGGUCGACGGAAACCGAUGGAUGAUAAAUCUUAACGUCGAAACACAGGUGUUGCACUGGGAUCUUAGCCCAGUGGGUCGCUUCAUAAGCUCACCGGUGGCCGCUGGCCAAGCAAGUUCUGGUAUCCUGACAAACCUCUCGAAGGUGGAAGAACUUGGUGAGAAUUGGAAUUCGGACGUUCUCGUUGACUUCGCAAGAAGUCUUUCGUCCAAUAUAACCCAUGCAAACGUGGGAGGAAUACUUGGAAACCGUAUGUUCUAUAAGAAUGAUUAUAUGGUCACUCGGGGUCCUGGCUAUGUUACGUCUCUCAAGAUGUACUCAACAAGAACCCGGAAUACAGAGUGUACGAACUCGCAAAACCUUCUUGGUUUCCAUCUCGCGGACGGUGUUGUUUACACAUACCUCCAAGGCAAUGAGUAUGAAGAUAUAGCCGCUGUUUGGGAUUGGAACCUCAUCCCUGGUAUCACCGUCGACUACAAUGCCACGGUCCUCGACUGUGAACACACCAAAUAUAUCGGAAAGGAAGCAUUUGUCGGUGGCGUCAGCGACGGACAUGUCGGCGUCGCAGCGAUGCAUUAUGCCAACCCUGUGACCGGGACCUUGUCAUGGCAAAAGACAUGGUUCUUCCUCGAGCACGACGUUCAGUAUGUGAUGAUCGCCAACAUCUCCUCGAAGACCGAUGCCCCUGUAUUUUCUGUUCUUGACCAAAGACGUUUCAGCGGGCCUGACGUAUUUGUCAAUGAUAUGAGAACUUCCGGAGGGAACUUCACAGACCCCGACUCGUUAUGGCACGGUGACGUCGGGUACGAGUUUCGGGGAGUCAAUGGAACUUAUGAACUGUCCCUCGAAUGGAGCAACAAGACAGGUGACUGGUCCAGCACAGGUAUAUUUUCAGGUCAAGAAACAGUAGAAUUAUUCGCUGCUUGGUUGCACCACAAGGACCGCAGUGCCCCCAUCUCCUAUACUGUAUACCCUGCAGUUGACUACGGCACAUUCGUUCUCAAACGCGCAUAUACUCACUUGACGGAGAUACAGAACGACGCCUCUGUGAGCGCUCUUUUGGAUGAAGACCACUACACUGUCUUCGGUGUCUUCUGGGACGCAGCGGGCGGUUCGUUCACAUUCACCGACGAGGUUUACGGUUCUAUGAAAAUUGAAUCAAGUGCUCAUGCUGUUUUCAUCUAUUGCAUAGACACGGGCAGCAUCACUGUGGCUGAUCCGUCACAAAGUUUGUCGAAUUUGACGCUCACAAUUUCCGUGGAAGACGGAUUGGAAGGACCUUGUGAAUGGGGAGGAGAGAACAGUGUUACUGCGCAUUUUGACAUGACUAGCAGCGUUUUGGCAGGCAGUAGCGUCAGCCAGAACCUGAAUUACUGA